AUAUUCCGCGCGGAACCUCUUGACUCACAGAUCCUCGCAGGCCGUUACGACCUCACGCCGCGGUCAUGCUUUCGCCCUCUGCCACGGGCUUUCCGCCCUCGUCAUGGCUUUUCUCUGCCACGUUCGCGACGCUGCCGCGCAGCCGUGCACUCAUGUACUCACAAAUAGUUCAUAUAUCCUCGCUAUCGGUUUCCCUCACAGUCGCUCUCUGGCGGUACUUAUCUGGUUGGUUGAUUGGUCUUGUCGUUCGGUCGUUCUUGGUGACAUUUAGGUAUAAUUAUCAACUGGUGGGCACGUCGCUGGCUGGCUUGGGAUGCAGAUGGGGAGACGGACACUGUGUCGACGAUUCAGGCCAUUCGUGGUCGACGAACCGUAGUAGCUUACUGCCCGCAGAAACCGCAUAUGUACAAAGGCUACAUAGCCGCACACUCGCUGCAACUCGCACGGACGCUGCUGUGUCGUACCGUAUAUAUACCGACUUCUGCUAAGUACUUACUCGUACUCUGCUAUCCACUCGUACUACUCAUGCCAAGGACAACGCACAUCCUGUUACAGUUGCGAUUUCGCUCACAAUUUUCCGGGUCUCAUUCAUCUAUCCAUAGUAUACUGUAGAGUAAUGCUCAGACCCAUUGUCUAAUAGACAUGUUUGCAAGCGCCUUC